GUAGCGCCAUGUCCGAGUCUGGGCACAGCCAGCCCGGGCUCUACGGGAUAGAGCGGCGACGCCGAUGGAAGGAGCCGGGUUCCGGGGGCCCCCAGAACCUGUCGGGGCCGGGGGGCCGGGAGCGAGACUAUGGCGCGCCCUGGGACCGGGAGCGAGAGCGGCGGGAUGGCAACGAGGAGGCAGGGACGUCAAUCAUCCAGAAAACGCCCAUCAUCCUCUCCAAGCCUCCAGCAGAGAGGUCCAAACUUCCACCCCCGACCGCCCCGGCUCCCACCACUCUGCAGGCCCCGGCUCCUCUGGACAAACCCAUUGUUCUGAUGAAGCCUCGGGAGGAAGCCAAGGGCCCGGCCGGGGGGGCAGGGGCCCCGGCCCUUGAAGGGGCCACGCCACCCCCCCCAGUGGUCCCCGCCCCUCCCAAGGGGGAGAAGGAAGGCCAGCGGCCCACCCAGCCCGUCUACCAGAUACAGAACCGGGGCAUGGGCACCACGACGCCCGCCGCCUUGGACCCCGUGGUGGGCCAGGCCAAGCUGCUGCCCCCCGAGCGCAUGAAGCACAGCAUCAAGUUGGUGGAUGACCAGAUGAACUGGUGCGACAGUGCCAUCGAGUACCUGCUGGAUCAGACGGACGUGCUGGUGGUCGGGGUCCUGGGUCUGCAAGGAACGGGCAAGUCAAUGGUCAUGUCCCUGCUGUCGGCCAACACCCCCGAGGAGGACCAGAGAGCCUACGUGUUCCGGGCCCAGAGCGCCGAGAUGAAGGAGCGUGGGGGGAACCAGACCAGCGGCAUCGACUUCUUCAUCACCCAGGAGCGCAUUGUCUUCCUGGACACCCAGCCCAUCCUGAGCCCGUCCAUCCUGGACCACCUCAUCAACAAUGACCGCAAACUGCCCCCCGAGUACAACCUCCCCCACACCUACGUGGAGAUGCAGUCCCUGCAGAUCGCGGCCUUCCUCUUCACUGUCUGCCACGUGGUCAUCGUGGUGCAGGACUGGUUCACUGACCUCAGUCUGUACCGGUUCCUGCAGACGGCCGAGAUGGUGAAGCCCUCCACCCCCUCCCCCAGCCACGAGGCCAGCAGCUCCUCUGGCUCGGACGAAGGCACCGAGUACUACCCCCACCUGGUCUUCCUGCAGAACAAGGCCCGGCGGGAGGACUUCUGCCCCCAGAAGCUGCGGCAGAUGCACCUGGUGAUUGACCAGCUGAUGGCCCACUCCCACCUGCGCUACAAGGGCACCUUGUCCAUGCUGCAGUGCAAUGUCUUCCCGGGCCUGCCCCCUGACUUCCUGGACUCGGAGGUGAACCUCUUCCUGGUGCCCUUCAUGGACACUGAGGGGGACAGCGAGAGCCUGCCCCGGGCAGGCCCGGGCUCCAGCCCGCUCUUUUCCCUUCUCCCGGGCUACCGGGGCCACCCCAGCUUCCAGUCCUUAGUGACCAAACUCCGGAGCCAGGUGAUGUCCAUGGCCCGGCCGCAGCUCUCGCACACCAUCCUCACGGAGAAGAACUGGUUCCACUAUGCUGCCCGGAUCUGGGAUGGGGUCAAGAAGUCCUCCGCGCUGGCUGAGUACAGCCGCCUGCUGGCGUGAGGUGUGCGAGGAGGGCGGCGCGCAGGGCUUGCAAAGUUCCCGGAGGACCAGGGGUCCCUUUCCCCACCUCCAGCUGCUGUGUGUGAGUUCGCGCACACCAGGCCCCUUGGGGGUGCAGACAGCAGCGGCAGGAGAGCCAGUGGGGGGAUUCAGCUGCUCGGACGUCCCGGGGCCAGCGGAAGGUUCUCGGGGGUCAGAGCCUGGGGCUCAUCCAUCCCCACAGAUUGAGGGAGAAAGGUGAUCGAUUUUCAAGACCCAGCGAGAAGCGGGGCCCCUCUCCCAGCCCCCCGUUCUCGGGCCAGACAGCCAGACAAGUGGGGAGCUCGGAGCUCCCGUCUUCCCCGGGUGGUCCCUCUGAGAGCUGGGGCCAGGGAUGCCCCUGUCCUCGAGGGCGCCUCUUCUGGGUCCGAUUUGUUGGUUAAUAAAGAUGGUAACUCAGCA